GCAUCAUGUCACCGAGCUCGGCGUCCCCGCCGGCAGAGGCCCCGCGCGAUGUGUCCCCUUCCCCUGCCGACCCCGAGGACGAGGGCUUCGAGCCAUCACCCGACGUGGUGACAGCGUACGAGCAGCUCAUGGCCUCGCGCCUCGACGCGGCCGACCUUCCUCCUCCGCCGACGGCUGGGCAAGCACAAGCGACACCAGAAGCAGACGGUGACGGCGACGACGACAACGCCGCUGCGGAGGCUGCGCUCGGCCGUCCGCUCACGAAAGCGGAGAAGCAGAACGCGAAGAAGAAGCGCAGGAAAGAGCGCGAGCGGCAGCUGCGCGAGCUCGCUGCCGCUGCCGCGGGCGAAGUCCGCCCGCCGCCCCCGACAGACGAGGACAAGCCAGUGUCCUUCCGCCUCUUCUCGACCGACGCCGCCCCGCGCCCAAUCUCGCUGUCCACGAAAGAGGUCGUUCUGCCCACGCCGAACCCGCGGCUCGCCCCCCUCACCCGGGAAGUGAGGGAACGCAUCGCGCGCUUGGCGGCAGAGGCGGCGCUGCACGCGCCCGCGCCGCCGCCGGCGUCGAGCGGGCCGCCAGAGGACGAGUACGUCGCCGCUGCCACUGCGUCGCUGCCGGCCGUGUUCGUCGCGCGCGGGAGCGAGAAGAGCGCUGCGCUCGCCGUGCCGGUGCUGCAGCUGUCUCUGGUCGGCGCAGAGGAGGAGGAGGAGGAGGCGGCGGCGGCACUGCGGCGUAAGCGGAGACGGGUGAAAGUCCCCCGUGAACGGCCGUUGCCUGCCCUUUGGCGGCCUCCGCCUGGGCUUGGGGGGAAGAGUGCUGGGUACGCCUAUGGCUGGGGCGGGUAG